AUGGCGACGUCCUCGGCGCGAGCGCCGGCGGCGGCGGCGACCGCGUCCGGAUCUUGGGCGCCGUCCACCUCGCGACGCGUGGCCGCACGAUCCAGGCCAGCGCCCGCGACGGCGCUCGAGAGGAGCGUCGGCGUCGGGCCCGGCGCGUCCAGAUGGGCCACCGACGGGUCGUCCAGGUGGGCCACCGUCGCGCUCGGCCGUCGGCACGAGAAGGAGAGGAGGCGCCUCGCGGGCCGCCCCGCGCGCGCGGUGACCGAGCCCGCGGGCGACGUCCCAAUCUCCUCGCCCCCGCCCACCGCGGACAAGAGGGACGGCAAAUCGUACGAUCAGACCGGGCAGCACACCAUCGAGCUACCCGAGCUCACCGAGUCGUCCAGGCUGGACCGCUUCGACCUCGUCAUCGUCGGAUGCGGCCCCGCGGGCCUCAGCGCGGCGGACCGCGCGUCCUCCAAGGGCCUCCGCGUCGCCCUCAUCGACCCGACCCCGCUCAAGCGCUGGCAGAACAACUACGGCGUGUGGGUGGACGAGUUUGAGAACCUCGGCUUGACCGAUUGCUUCAACAAGGUGUGGCCCAGGGCGAAAGUGGUCAUCGACGACGCUCGACCCGACGGCAUCGACCUGCUCCGGCCGUACGGUCAGGUGAACCGCAUCGCGCUGAAAGAUAAGUUUCUGAAGAGGUGCGUGGACCAGGGCGUGGUGUUCGGCGCGUGCGCGGUGGAGGGCGUCGCGCACGAGGGGGAAGGAUCGGUGGUGACGCUCAAGGGAGGCGCGGAUGGCAAGUUCGCGGGCCGAGAGGUGCACGCGAAGAUGGUCCUGGACGCGACGGGCCACGCGCGCAAGCUGGUGCAGUUCGAGCGCGAGUUCACGCCGGGGUACCAGGCUGCGUUCGGGAUCAUGUGCGAGACGGACGGGCCGCACGGGCUGGACCUGGACACCAUGCUGUUCAUGGACUGGCGCGAUGAGCACCUGUCGCCGCGGUACAAGGAGAUGAACAGCCAGCACCCCACGUUCCUGUACGCCAUGCCGUUCACGGAGACGAAGAUCUUCUUCGAGGAGACGUCGCUGGUGGAACGGCCCGGCCUGGAGUUUGACGACCUCAAGGUUAAGCUCAAGCAGCGCCUGGCGAAGAUGGGCAUCAAGGUCAAGUCCGUGCAGGAGGAGGAAUACUGCCUCAUCCCCAUGGGCGGCGUCCUCCCCACGCUCCCGCAGAGGACGCUCGGCGUCGGCGGCACCGCCGGUAUGGUUCACCCGAGCACCGGCUUCAUGGUGUCGAAGACUUUGCUGUCCGUCAGGUCCCUCGUCGACACCCUCGUGGAUGAGUUGAAGGCUGGGGGCACGGGCGGCGGCGCCCGCAUCGACGCCGACGGGGUUGCCGAGCGGGUGUGGCAGAGCGUGUGGCCCGACGAGGAGCUCCGCAUGCGAACGUUCAUGUGCUUCGGCAUGGAGACGCUGAUGGAGCUCGACAUCAAGGGCACCCGGCAGUUCUUCGAGACGUUCUUCAAGAUGGAGCAGGACGUCUGGGGCGGGUUUUUGUCGUGGAGGAUCAAGCCGCUCGGUCUUGUCAAGCUGGGCGGCGUGCUGUUCUUCAAGUUCAGCAACUACAUGAGGUUCAACUUCGUGUGGUCCGCGCUGCCGUUCAUGGCGAGCUUCAUCAAGAACUUCGCCACCGCGGACAACACGUUCAACAGCGACAAGUGGGGCGGGCUGGUGCUUCAGAAGCCCAAGCUCACCUCCGUCCCGGGCCAGGGCCCGAUCCCCCGGCCGGACACGGACAAGAAGACAAACCCCGCCGCCGAGCCCAUCAGCAGCUCGAGCAUCGACUUCUCCAAGCUCAUCGCCGGCGGGGACAUCGACAAGCCGCAGCAGGCGUCCAAGCUUCGACCCGAUCGCGAGUGGAUCGAGUUUCAGCAGAGAAAGAUUUUCAAGGACCAGGCUCCCAUCGUCGACGUCCUCGAGCCGCUGGCGAACGACGCGACCGUGGACGUGCUCGUCGUGGGCGCCGGGCCCGCGGGCCUCGCGGUCGCCGCGGAGAUGGCGAACCGCGGCGUCAGCGUGGGCCUCAUCGCGCCCGAUACGCCCUUCGUCAACAACUACGGCGUGUGGCUGGACGAGUUUGAGGAACUCGGCCUCACCGACUGCCUCUUGCACAAGUACGACGACGCCCUCGUGUGGUUCAACGACCGGGACCCGGCCGCGGGCAUCGGCCUCAACCGCGCGUACGGCCAGGUGUGCCGCCGCAGGCUGCGCGAGAAGCUACUCGCGAGGUGCAAGGCGGCGGGCGUUCGUUACGCGCCCGGCCUCGUGGAUCAACUCAAACACGGAGACGCGGAGAAGGGCGAACUCUCCGUCGUGAGCGGCGCGAUCAAGAGGGACGGCGGCGACGACGUGUCGUUCAACAUGUCCGCCAAGGUUGUCGUGUGCGGCACGGGUCACAACAGGGACAUGCUGCAGUACGAGGACGGACCGGGACCGGGUUGGCAGACGGCGUACGGCAUCGAGGUGAAGAUGCCGGGGCACCCGUUUGAGGUGAACAAGGCGGUGUUCAUGGACUUUCGCCAGUCGGAUCCCGAGCUGGAGGACGGCUCCGUGGAGUCCGGCGUCUGGCGCGUGCCCUCGUUCCUGUACGUGCUCCCGGUGGACGAGAACACCGUGUUCGUCGAGGAGACCUGCCUCGUGGCGAGGGUGCAGGUGCCCUUCGACGAGCUCAAGCGCAGGCUCUACCGCCGGCUGAGCCGCAUGGGACUCAACGUCACCCAGGAUCAGAUCCUCGAGGAGGAGGCGUCCUGGAUCCCGCUCGGGGGUACCCCGCCCACGUCCCCGCAGAGGACUCUGGCGUACGGCGCCGCCGCCGGCUUGGUUCACCCGGCGUCGGGAUACUCCAUCGUCAACUCGCUGCGAAGGGCGCCAGCCUUUGCCGACGCCGUAGUCUCCGGCCUCAAAGCCGGCGGAUCGGCGGAGGCUGCGACCAGGGGUUGGGACGUGCUCUGGGGGGACGAACCCAGGCGCCAGGUGGGCUUCUACCAGUUCGGGAUGGAGCUGCUGAUGUCGCUGAGGAUCGAGCAGAUGCGCAACUUCUUCGGCACCUUCUUUGCCCUCCCCAAAGAGCUCAGCGCCGGGUUUUUGGGCAACAACCUCACCUCCGUGCAGCUCCUCCAGUUUGCGCUCACCGUCUUCUUCCAGGGUAACUGGGAGCUCAGGGCGCUCCUGCUCACGCACCUGUCGUCCGCGGGCGCCGGCGUCAGGCUGGGUAAGGCGUACGCCUACCCGCUGCUCAGGGCGCUCGGCGCCGGGACGGAGUCGUCCGUCUCCGUCGUCGACCGCAAGAAGCCCCCGCAGGAGCCCAACUUUUCGUCAUUCGCGCGCGAUCUCUUCAGCGCCGAGGAGCAGGGUUUCCUCCCGGGGUUCCAGGGGAAGGACUGGUGGGCGGUCGGCACGAGGCCGGAGUACGGCGAGCGGAGGCGCGACGACGACGACGACGAGGCUGGAAACGGGGGCGGCGGCGCAGGCGGCGGCGGCGCGGGGGGAUCGCCCCAAAGUUCCAAAGCUUCCGCCGGUACUGAAGGUCGGCCUCGCGACCUCGUCUCCUCCUCGAUGAACGCGAACGCCGCGACGUCCCUCGGGGGCGAUCAGGGCUCCAUGGCCUACUGGUCCAACGGCAGCGCGGCGUUGGUGGUCACCUCCGCCGUGCGCAACACGGGCGCUCGCGUCGACGACCUCUACGGCGAGCGUCGCAAGAAGUUUCUACCCGCCGCGUUGCUCAACGUGACGGGCCAGGGCGUCGUGCCUCCGUACCUCACCGGCGAGAUGCCCGGCGACGUGGGAUGGGACCCGCUCCAGAUGGGCGCGCAGCGGGACAUCAUGAAGCUGCGCGAGCGCGAGUUGAUCCACGGGCGGUGGGCCAUGCUCGCCGCCAUCGGCGUGUUGGUCCCCGAGUCAACCGCUCGGCUGUCGCUCUUCGGCACCCCGGGCCAGCACUGGUGGAACACGCACAUCGAGUGGACCGGGACGAACAGCGGCAUCCCCGAGCUCACCUACCUCGGCGAGAACAUCCCGUGGGGCGUCUUCUGGCUGCCCAUCAUCCACUUACCCCUGUUCUUCGUCGCGGAGAUGCUGCGAACGGGGCGGCUGGAGGUUGAGGCGUUUAAAGAUUUAGACCGGCUGUACCCGGGGGGAAAGCUGUUCGACCCGCUCGGCAUCGGCGGCGGCGUGAGCGACGAGGAGCUCAAGAUCUUGAAGACGAUCGAGAUUCAGCACUGCAGGCUGGCGAUGAUCGCCUCGUUCGGGUUCAUCGUCGAGGCGCUCGCGUGGGGCGCGGGGCCGCUUGACGUCUUCGGAGGCGCGUGA